AUUCAACAAGCAAAGUUCUAUGAAAACAUCAUGAAAAUUCUGAGACCUAAACCAGACUAUUUUGCUGUUGGGUAUUAUGGCCAAGGAUUCCCCACAUUUCUAAGGAACAAAGUUUUCAUCUAUCGUGGGAAGGAAUAUGAGAGGAGAGAGGAUUUCCAGGCACAGCUGAUGAGUCAGUUUCCCAGUGCAGAGAUGAUGAACACCACCUCAGCACCUGGAGAGGAUGUGAAAAACUCCCCUGGUCAAUAUAUCCAGUGUUUUACAGUGCAGCCAGUCCUGGAGGAACAGCCUAGAUUCAAAAAUAAGGCAGUACCUGAUCAAAUUAUCAAUUUUUAUAAGACCAACAACGUGCACCGGUUCCACUAUUCAAGACCAGUCAGAAAAGGAUCUGUUGACCCUGAAAAUGAAUUUGCUUCUAUGUGGAUUGAGAGAACAUCAUUUGUUACAGCAUACAAACUUCCUGGAAUUUUACGAUGGUUUGAGGUUGUCUCCAUGUCACAGACUACAAUCAGUCCCUUAGAGAAUGCUAUUGAGACUAUGUCCACGACGAAUGAAAAAAUUUUGAUGAUGAUUAACCAAUACCAGAGUGAUGAGAACCUUCCUAUUAAUCCACUUUCUAUGCUUCUGAAUGGAAUUGUUGACCCAGCUGUGAUGGGUGGCUUUGCUAAAUAUGAGAAGGCUUUCUUUACAGAAGAAUAUACCAGAGACCACCCAGAGGAUCAAGAAAAGCUGAAUAGACUCAAAGACCUAAUUGCGUGGCAGAUACCUUUCCUUGGGGCUGGAAUUAAAAUUCAUGAAAGAAGAGUUUCUGAUAAUCUUCGUCCUUUCCAUGACCGUAUGGAGGAAUGUUUCAAGCAUUUAAAAGUUAAAGUGGAAAAACAAUAUGGAACCAGAGAAUUGCCAGAUUUUGAUGACAAGAGAGUAGGACGGCCAAGAUCAAUGCUGAGAUCCUAUCGUCAGUUAUCAGUUAUUUCACUGUCUUCCAUGAAUUCAGACUGCAGUACUCCAAACAAAAUUGCUUCAGAAAGCUUUGAUCUGGAAAUAGUGCUACCAAAGCCAGUAAAAGCAGAAUCAGAGGAGGCUGUUCUGCAAAUUAAUCCUCACCCUGAAGUAAAGAUGAGAAGGUCCAAAAAAAGAACAAAAAGAAGCAGUGUGGUGUUUGCUGAUGAGAAGACGGCACCUGAUAUUUCGGUCUCUGACAUGAAAUGUCUGUCAAGGAAAUACGAGUUCAUGAGUGACACCAACCUCUCGGAACAUGCAGUGGCACCUCAGAAAACAUCUGUCCUCAAGCAGAUGAGUUCUGUCAGUCGUUCUAUGCCAACUAUCCCAG